ACAGACAAUUACAAAGGCUUCAAUUUCAGAUGGCAAAUUCAAGAUUCUGACUUUACAAUUAAACUAUUGACCAUUAAAAAAAAUUUAUAUGCACCAUCUUUUCCUGAUUCAUUUAUAUCAAGGUGAAUUAAUAAAUCAUAAGCAUGAAUAACAUGUUGAAUAAUGAAAUAUCAUUCCUAAUUGAAUACUUAAAGCAACCACUCAUUGACACAUUGACAAAAAUAACUCCUAUAAAUGUGUUCCUCUUCAUGUUACUAUUAUUCAUAAGCUGCAACACUGACCAAUUAAACAAAUCCUCAUCUCUUUCAAAUAUCAUUUGAAAGUUGAACAUAAAAACCCGCUCUUAAUUCUCAUCUGAAAACGUCAGAAUGUGUAGUGUCGAAAAACGAGGCAACAUUUUCAUCUUAACUUUAACAAGCAGCGGCGAAAACGACGAACACCGUCUUAACCCAACCCUAAUCACUGCCAUCCGCUCUGCCAUUUCCGACAUUAAAUCCCAAACAAUUUCUGCACCUCAAACCUCCUCCGCCUUGAUCACUACCGCAACAGGCAAGUUCUUCUCAAAUGGGUUUGACUUACGGUGGGCGCAAUCCCAGCCCGGAAAUGAUAUAAAUCAUUCACAUCAUAUUGUAGAAUCCUUCAAAUCUUUAAUCGCCGAUUUUAUCUCUCUUCCAAUGCCAACAAUCGCGGCUAUCAACGGGCACGCGGCAGCAGCAGGGUUUGCGCUUGCGCUGUCGCACGACUAUGUGCUGAUGAGGAAAGAUAAAGGAGUAUUGUAUAUGAGUGAAGUUGAUAUUGGAAUGACAUUUCCAGAGUAUUUCAAUGUGUUGUAUAGGGAGAAAGUUGGGUGGAAAGAGAGGAGAGAGAUUAUGAUGAGAGGGAAGAAACUGAAGGGAGAAGGUCUGAAAAUGGGAGUUAUUGAUGAGGUUGUGGUUGGGAAUAAUGGGGAUGAAGUUCUUGUAAAGGGAUUGAAAUUGGGGCAGGAUUUGUUGAAGAAGAAGCGGAAUGGUGAGGUUUAUUGUGAGAUCAGGAAAGGGCUGUAUCCUGAAUUGUGUCGUGAGUUGGGUUGAAAAGGAAACAUGUGAUUGCUCCAAGGCUUUGAAUUGUUUGUACGUUUGAUUUUGUGUUUGUAUUUGGAUUCAAUUUCGAGUUGUUUUAGCAUUCGAUUUGUUGUUGCAUUUGUGUGCAAUUCAUGUUGUUUUUGUGUUCAGUUUUUUUUGUUUGUAUAUUUAAUUUCUUGUUGGUUUUUGCUGUUAAUAGAUUAAAAUGUUUGAAAGGUAUAUUGAUAACAAGUUCUAGAAGGAAACAAUUUGAAUCAUAUAUCUAGACCAUUGAAGAGCUAAACAUAUCUACAAUUUGAAGGGCUUACUAAUAGCUAAUAAGAUGUAACAUUGAUUAUAAUUCCAAAACAAUCUACCCAUCUUGAAACCUGGCCAUUUAGACAUCAUUUUAAACAUCAGUCUUGUGCCUUGAAA